AUGAAGUUCACCUUGACCGCCAUACUCCUCUGCCUCGCCCCACUCGUCUACUCUGCCCCGGGCCCAGGCGGCGUUGAUCACGGAUAUUGUACUGGCUACUGCACUCCGGGACCUGAAAGAUGUGGCGAUGGAUGGUACUCAUGGCAUGAAAUCUGGGCAAAGUGCUGGAGAUGCUGUACAAACGCUUAUUCCAUCCGACGAUAUAAUAUCAUGUAUAGUGAUAUAGUAGCUAUUACCCGGGUAGUUCUUCCCUUGCACCUGAUAGCCCUCGGUACACCGUCCUUCCACUUAGAUGGCCACUAA